ACGAAGCUGCAACCUAGAGCUCGCUGAACAAACCAAAUAUCCUGUUAAGGAGCGUUUGAAGCUGGAAAUGACCUUUCUCUUCACGCAUCCAUAACAUCACUUCAACAUGCGAAUACGGCUUCCAUUUGCAGGAGCCUUCGUCUUCCUGGCCGCAACGGCUGGCUACGCCGGACUCUCCUCUCUCCAACUCGAUGCCAUUGUAAACGAUAAGAUCCUUCAUUGCGUCACAUUCUUCGUUCUCACAACUUGCUUCUACUGGAUUCUCGAUACGUCCCGUAGGCGCAACUUGAACCUUACGCUCCUCAUCUGUACCGGUAUCCUCGGUGUUGGGUCAGAAUUCCUCCAAGGAUUCCUGCCAAAUGGCAGACAAUUCGAUUUCUACGAUAUCGUUGCGAAUGUAGUGGGGAGUUUGGCAGCGUUGGGGUUGAGCUCCUGGUAUCAUCUGAGGAUGUUGGAAAGAAAGAGAUUGGCCAAGAACUACCAAGCUGUACCCGGAGAGGAGGAUGCUGAUCUGGAGCUCGGCGAGGGCGUUGGAAUCGGGGCACAAGAAUCCGGAACAACCAGUGCCGGAGCGCCGGCUUCACAUAACCAGUCUCUGGAUCAAGAACUGGAUAACUGGGACGAAAACAUUGAAGAUGGCUGGGAGGAGGAUGAGCAUUUGGAUAGUGCGGAGGGCGAAGGAUUGAAGACACCAAGUGCCAGUUCUGCCGGCGAGGAUCUGGGGGAGAGCAAGAAAAGAGCAGAUUGAUGAUGUGUUAUGAUUUGCAGGGCUUCUUUUUGGCGUUCUAGUGCAGCGGAUCACGGAUUUUAGCAACAAAGGGUUUUGAAUGUUGUAUUUUUAUGGCGCAGAUUGGGAAUGUCUCUCAACUUACAAGCCUUCACGAGGAAGGGACACAGUCAAAAUCUCUCUACGCUUGUUUUGAAGCGUAGGUAGGAAAUUACGUUAUAGCAGCCAAAAUAUCAUCUUACACUGCUGAUAUUCCUAAUCCUCUAAAGCGAGUGCUUAU